UGGCCUCGGUGCGGCUCCCCUGGCAGCCGUGGGACUCUGGGGAAGUCUCCCUGCGGGCACCGGGUCUGGCCCAGGGCAGAGGGGAACCCAGCCGUGCAGUUCUGCUCUCUGGCCACUAGGGGUCUCUGCUCCACCGGGGAAAGCUGGGACCCUGGUCACAGGCCAGACCAAGCUGGAGCUGGAGGGUGGGAGAGCGGGGCCAGCCCCUCCCCCGUCACACGCUGCCUGCGGGCCCCACAGAUCCCAGCCCAGACUCACCCCCUCGCUCUGCCCCACAGAUGUUCCUGCACGUGGCCGAGGAGGUGGGGAAGGAAUAUGGACUGGAGCCCGUUCAGCACCUGGACCUGCUGGUGCGGGACUGGACCAGCUCCCAGCUCCUUGGAGCCGAGGGCGGGGAGCAGCAUCUGAGAGACGUCCGGGAGGACCUGGCGGCGACGUCUCCCUGCAAACACCCCAAGGCCCUGGCCGUGCUGGGCAGAAGCAGCAGCCGCUGUUACCUGAUGCCCUGCCCUGGCAAGCGGAUCGCGACUGGCAGCGCGGGAGCCCUGAGAGACAUGGACGAGGAUUUCCGGGAGGGCCUGAGGGACUACGUCACUGCCCUGGUGGGCUCGGCCGGGAGACACGUCAGGAGGGACCAGCGGGGGGAGCCGCUCACCCGCCGCCAGGAUCAAGAAACUCUGUGCCCUGAUGAAGAAGCAUCGCUCUGGCUUCUCCUCCCCCUCUCAGAUGGCCAUCACCUUCCACAACGACAGAGUCCUGGACAGAGCCCGCGCCGACCACACUGUGAUCCUGCUUGAGAAGGUGAG